AUGACUCAAUCAGAAGACUCGUCGUCGCUGACUAUUCUCAGCCUUGCUGAACCGCUGCUCUCCGCUGAUGACAGCACCGAUCGCCUCAGCAAANAAUCCCUGGACGCAGAGCUCGAGCACUACAAAGAUCUCUUCUCAAAACUGCGUUUUUCCUAUGUCGAACAAGUCACANAAGAGGGCUUCCUCAAGGCCAUUGUCGCCGAUCCACCUCAACUAGUCGAUGCUGCUGAGAACGCCCGUCUGGAACAACAUCUGGCUCAAGCAAAAGCCGCCCUCAAGGCCAAGAAGGAGUACACCAACCAGAAAGUCCACGAGCUGCAAGAAUUGGGAAGUCGUCUGGCACAAUGUAAUUCCUCCCUCUCGCCUUCUGCUGCACCAACUCUAACAACUUUCUCAGCCCAUGAGUUGAUCCAGCUGCAAACAACUCAACUGGAUGCCCUACCUACCGACAUACAGAAUCUCGAAACCACCAUCGCAAACCUCAAAGCUGCUCAAGAAACUCCUUCGUCCUUGCCUAUGCUCAACCUGCCUCUCCACUCGACAAACGAACUACUGUCAGACAAAGAAUCAGAGCUCGCCCGACUCGAUCGCGAAAUUGCACAACUACAAUCUACCCUGCCUGACAAGAAACGUCACGUCGCAUCCCUGAAGGCCGACCUCGAGCCUAUCGAAUCUCGCAAGCGCUCUGCCAUCGCAGACGCUCAGGAGGCUCAGAAAAAGCGAGGACAGCACGCUCUUGCUCAAGACCUUGAUGAGAGAGGGAAAUGGCUCAAAUCUGUCGAUUCUGGACUUCGCUUGAUGCUCGAGAUUUGA